UUUAGUCUUCUAAUGAGGUCAGAUCAGCUGUUCCAGCAGUUCAGCACAGACGCAUUUUAUUAUGGCUUCCACAGAGUUAGUUAUCAGCGUCCUGUGUGACAACUACGGAUGUUUGGCUUUCGAACAGCUGCUAGAACUCGCUCAGAGCAAUUUCGGCUUUGAGGUGACAGACCUGCGCUCAGUUCUUUUCGACGAUGGUAAAAUAGCGAUUCGAGAAGGAAAGCAGCCAGCCGCCAGCGGUAAUAUGAUCAGGCCCGAUAGUCUGGUUGUUGCUAAAACCAGUUUGAGGCUUUGUCAGAAAAAAGCUGGAGAAUGCGCCCAGUGUGAUCGCUUACACCUGUGUAGGUAUCUUGUAGUUGGAAACUGCACUUUCGGUGCAAAGUGUAAAAACCCACACAGCCUGGCUUUUCCACACAACGCUCGAAUUUUAAAGAGAUAUGGUCUUCAGAAGUUAACAGAUAAACAGUUGGUGCAACUUUUGCUGCAAAAUGAUCCUUCCCUCCUUCCUGAGGUAUGUCCACACUACAACAAGGGCGAUGGUCAGUUUGGCUCCUGCAAAUUUGCCAGUGGCUGCAAAAAGCUCCACAUCUGCCUGCAUUUCUUACAAGGAGACUGUAAGUUUGGAUCCUCGUGUAAGAGGCAACAUAAUUUUGAUGAACAAGCGAUGAAGCUUUUCAAAGGAUACAGUGAGGAGAAUAUUCAAAACCUUUACAAGAUCUAUAGGAAUAAAUACAUCAUCAUUGGUCAACUCGAGAAGCCAACUGCUGUUCCAGUGCUUCCGGUGGCGAGAACCAGCCCACAGCAGCCUGUCCAUCAGCCUCCUCAAAACAAACCUGCAUCUCCGACUAAAUCCGUCACCUCCUCUAAACCAAUAACUGAUGCAGAGCGAAACGAGAUCUGCCUCUUCUUUAUUCGCAGAAACUGCCAAUUCAAAGAGAAAUGCGGUCGUGUCCACUGGCCCCUUCCUUACAGAUGGCAGGUUUUAGACAAGGAUGGCAAGACCUGGAAGGACUUGGUUAACAUGGAGGAAGUAGAGGAAGCAUUCUGUGACCCAUCAUGUGAUACGAGCUGCAAAGAUACACCUGCAACAACAUCCGUAUUGUCAUGGUUUUUUCCUUCGCGAAGCGCUGCGUCAAACAGUGAGCCUUAUGUGGACUUCAAAACAAUGACAUACGGAGGAUCUCCAGUUCGGCGCCUGUCCACAGCCUCCUCUGUCUCUAAGCCCCCAUACUACAUUUUAACCACAGAGUGGUUGUGGUACUGGAAGGAAAAUGAUGGGAAAUGGGUGGAGUAUGGACAAGGUUCAGCAGAUGCAUCAAUCACUUCUAAAACCCUGGAAAAUGUGUACCUGGCAGAUGGAGAUGCAGAGAUCCCUUUCCAGGCUGGAAACCAAAAGUAUAUUUUCCACUUUAAGGAUGCAGUAGGAAACCAGCAAAUGUAUCAGCAGAAUUUACAGUACCAGACCAAGAGGGAGGUCCGAAGGAGGCCUUGCUUUGUGUCUGCUCAUGAUGUGGAGCAGAAGCUCAAGAGUGGGGCUUCACACACCUCUAGCUCCUCUGUCGUGGAAGAUGUCCCAUCCCAUUGGGACAAGAGUGCUCUUCCAGAUCUAGGAUAUAAACUCCUACUUCUGUCCAAAGGAGCAAAAGAUUACAAUAUGAUUGAGACAUUGUUCAAGCGCACCAUGCCUAAUGGUAUCAUUGCAAGCAUCGAGAGGAUUCAGAAUCCAUCUCUGUGGAAAGUCUUUCAAUGGCAAAAGGAGCAGAUGCAGAAGAGGAAUGGAGGGGGACUUGUUAAUCAGCAAUACUUGUUCCACGGGACAGAGGAGACAAUUGUUGAUGCCAUAUGUGAGCAAAACUUUGACUGGAGGAUGUGUGGCGUCCAUGGAACAGCCUAUGGCAAAGGAAGCUACUUUGCCAAAGAUGCAUCCUACUCAGACAGAUAUUCCAAGGCUGGAGGGAGUCGAACCAAGACCAUGUUUGUUGCACUGGUCCUGGUAGGUGAAUACACAACUGGAAGCGGCAGCUAUGUCCGACCACCACAGAAAGCAGGAAGCAAAGCUCUCUAUGACAGCUGCGCCAAUUCCGUCAGCAACCCCAGCAUAUUUGUGAUCUUUGAGAAACAGCAGAUUUAUCCUGAGUAUCUAAUUAAAUACAGAUAAUUCUGAA